AUGGUACGGGGUGUCUCAUCAUACUUCGACUCCAUAUCACCCAAAACGAGCGGUCAGGUUGAAGUUUCAAAUCGGGAGUUGAAGCGAAUCUUAGAGAAAAUGGUGAGUCAUCAUCGAAAGGAUUGGGCUGAUCAGCUUGACGAUGCACUCUGGGCCUAUAGAACGGCUUACAAAAUGGGCAUUGGAACAACACCAUACAGACUAAUCUAUGGGAAGGCAUGCCACUUACCCGUCGAAUUGGAGCACAUAGCAUAUCGGGCCAUAAAACAGUUAAAUUUUGACCCCCACUUGAUAAGCCACAAGAGGAAGCUCCAACUUAAUGAGCUAGAUGAAUGGCGAACGAUGGUAUAUGACAACUCAUUACGCUAUAAGGAGAGACUGAAGGAAAGCCAUGACCGACACAUCAAACAAGCUAAGUGCUUCCAAGAGGGAGAUCAAGUACUACUCUUCAACUCUCGACUAAGGCUCUUUCCCGGCAAAUUGAAAUCACGGUGGCAUGGACCAUAUUCAGCCACACAUGUGUUCCCUCACGGCGCUGUCGAGAUAUCUCAUCCACAAAAUGGAACAUUCAAUGUCAAUGGUCAACGAUUGAAACAUUACUUUCCGGGUAACAACACUUUGCCAAAGAAUGAAGGUAUGAGGGUGAAGAAAGUGGCCUACAAGAAGUCUAGGAGGGACCCUUCUCCCCCUCCCAACUAA